UCUCCGUCGUUGGCUGAAGAGCUCACCGGUGAUGCUUCUUUGUCCGACCCGGCGAAAAACCCUAGAUAUUGGUGGUUUCAUGUUCUAUUCCGACUUCUCGACCUCAAUAAUCGACAAUCUGGUGAUGGCCGUUCCUCCGUUGAUGGCGAAUUAGGUAUAUCUUGUCGCAGGAACCCUAUAUUUCUUGUAUUUGGUUUUGUUCUUCUUCUGGGUUUUGCUCGAAGAUGGGUGACAGUGAAGAUGAUGCGAGGUACCCAAAGAAGAUUUACUCUCUGAAUCGCCAGAACCAUCCGAUGUACAGCCGUCCAAUCCCCAAGCGUCACGCUUAUUACCGGGAAGAAGAAGAUGACGAUGAGGAAGAAGAGGAUGAAGAACUCAACGAGUAUCCGGAGCAGAACGACGACGAAGAAGACGAUGCGCCACAAGGUUAUAGUCGUAAAUUCGGAUCGUGCGAGGGGCUAGAGAGGUUUCCGAAGAGGCAGAAGCAGAGCAAACCCAUAUCUGGGUAUGAGUUCGCGGGUCCGAGCGAUUCGAAAUUGGCUCAGCAUUGGUCGGAUCACGAGGCAUUUGUGUUGUUGGAGGUUUGGGGGGACAGAUUCUUGCAAUUGGGCAGGAGAAGCUUGAGAAAUGAGGACUGGAACGAAGUUGCUGAGAAAGUGAGCGAGGAGCUCAGGGUUGAGAAAUCGGAGACGCAGUGUCGGAGUAUGAUGGUCAACUUGAAGGGGAGGUAUAAGAAAGAGAAGACGAAGUUGGAGAAAUCUGGAUUGGGUUCGAGCAAGUGGGUGUUCUUCAACAAGUUGGAUAUGUUACUAGGGCCGUCGUCUCGGUCAGAUUCGGGUUUAGCUUGUGGGGUUGAUUCAGGAGAGUUUGUAUUCAUGAACACUAGGGUUUAUUUGGACAAAUCGAAUGGAUUCGACGAGAUGAUGGACAGUCCUGGUGAUUCAGAGAUGGGAGAUGAAGACGAAGAGGAAGAUGAUGCUGUCGAGGAUAGACGGAGAAAGGUUGUCGAUUCAGGCUCAUACAGGCUGUUAGCUGAUUCUGUUCAAAGAUUUGGGAAAAUAUAUGAGAAAAUCGAAAACAGUAAAAGAGAACAUAUGAGGGAAUUGGAAAAGAUGAGAACUGAUUUCCAAAGAGAACUGGAGUUGCAGAAGAAGCAGAUUGUGGAGAGAGCUCAAGCUGAAAUUGCCAAGAUACGAGAAGAAAACGACGAUGGAGAAGAAGAUGAUGACGAUCAUGAUGACAGUGAACCUGAGGAAAUGGACAAUGAUUCGGCCACUAAUCUCAGUGAAUAGCUCUGGUGGGUUGUUCAAUUUGCCCUGCAAAGGUUCUAUCUUUUGAUGUUGAAAAUUGAGAAUUGGAAAGCUUGCAACUCUCUUGCUUUGAUCUGUCAUUAUUAGGCCUUGAGUAGAAUGUAACCGUGAUAGUUAAUAUCCCAUGCAUUUAUAUCUUUCCUUGGGAGGGAGAUACAGUUUCAGAUUGUUUUGAUUUUUUUCAAAUCAAUCUCUUGCUUUCCAAUGAUGUCUCCAUUUAUGUUGUUCA